AUGACCUACCUCCCUACGAAAGAAACGUGGUGUAUCCCUGCAGCUUGUUCUUUCGAAACCACACUGCCAACAGCCCCUGAACUUCGAAGUGAAUGCCGAUACGAUCCAUAUCGCAGGUCUUUCAGCUGUUCCCUCAGUGGCAACUGCGAACAGUACAACGGACCCAACGCACGCGCCGAAUUAAUCGUCGAGACUUUCCUGAAAUGCGAGAACAAGCUCUAUAAGUCGGAAUACAGCCAAAGCUUAUCCACUAAUUACGUCAGCUUUUCCUUCAAUAAUGACUUGCUAAAGGGGGAGACCUACAAUGCCACUUUUGCUGUCAAGAAUGAUGUUGGUGCAGGCCUAGAAUUGACAAGUUCAUUCACGACUUCCCCGGACAGGCCUCCCCGGGUGAAGGACCUGGUGGGGGUAGCCUUGUCUUCCCGUGAGGUGAGGUUGCUGUGGAAUGACCCGUGCCCGCCAAAGGGGAGGAUCACCAGUUUUCAGUACAGACGUUCAACUUGGAUCUCUGUGGAUGUUGUACCUUGUUCGGCUCAGCCUCAGUAUGACAGAUGUGUUGAAAUUGAAAAUUUGGCUGCCAACAAAACUUAUACGUUUGAGGUCGUGGCUUUUAGUGAUUUAAGAGGCUACGUAACAAGUGUCAGUGUUUCUACCUUCGAGGCCA